AUGGCCACGACCACGGCACCGCCCAUAGCCGACUGGCAGACCCUCGCACAAUCAAAGCGCGAAUCAGUCUUUGCAGCGAUUCCAAAAGACUGGCUCCUUCCUCCCCCCCAAACAUCACAAUAUACAGAAACCUCGUCCAUCUCCGUGUUGGACGUACCACGGACAUGCGGCAUCUUGACUGAGAAGGAGUUGGACAUUACUGAAAACUACGAUGCCACGGAUUUAGUUGGAAUGAUGGCAGAGCGGCGUUUGACGAGUACGGAAGUGGUGACGGCGUUUUGUAAGAGAGCGGCUGUCGCACAGCAGUGCGUGAGUUGUUUGACUGAGAUUAUGUUUGAAGAAGCGAUUGCGCGGGCGAAGGAGUGUGAUGAUUUUUUGAACAAGGAGCGCAAGGUCAUGGGUCCUUUGCAUGGGCUUCCAAUAAGUUUAAAGGACUCCUUCAACGUCCGCGGCGUCCAAGCAACCCUCGGCUACGUCUCAUUCAUUCCACGGCCUCCAUCAGCAACCAACUCAGCCUUGGUCGACGUUCUCCAUGAACUGGGUGCAGUAUUCUACGUGAAAACAAACCUCCCCCAAACAAUGAUGACAGCAGACUCGCACAACAACAUCUUCGGCCGCACUCUGAAUCCUAACAACCUCUCCCGCACAGCCGGCGGCUCCACGGGUGGCGAAGGCGCCCUGCUCGCCAUGAAAGGAAGCGUCUUGGGCGUCGCUACCGAUAUCGCGGGCUCGAACCGCAUCCCCGCUAUAUGCUGUGGCGGAUCCUCGUUGAAGCCAACUGCGGGUCGCGUUCCCUUCGCCGGUGGCGUGGCAGUAGGGAGACUCGGCAGCCCCGGGUCAAUACCCGUGGUAAUUGGUCCUUGUGGUCGUUCCACGCGUGAUUACGAAUUAUUCAUGAAGAGCGUGGUGAGCGCACGACCGUACCGUUUCGACGAGAACUGCCUCAAUGUGCCGUGGCGGAGUGUCUCCUCGCCUUUGUGCAAACCCCUCCGCUUCGGUCUGAUCCGUGCCUGUAAAGAACGACCGCUUCACCCCCCUGUCGCGCGCGGUCUGCAUACCACUGCUAUGAAACUCAAAGCAGCAGGCCAUGAAAUCGUUUUGCUAGACGACAAGAUACCAGAUUUGUACCAUACAACGAUGCUAGCGUGGAAGUUCUUUAUGCUUGAUCCAAAGAAAACUCCCUUCCAAUUCAUCAAAGAGAGCGGGGAGCCAAUGGUACCCAGUCUAUCUACAAUGUCGUUUCCGGAAUUGGAAGGGUGGCAGGCGACAUUGGACGAGUUGUGGGAUAUGAAUGUCGAGAAAGCCAAGAUUGUCAAAAAGUUUCAUCGAUUGGUAGUUGGUGAUGUUAGUGUGGAGGAGAAGGGACUCGACGCCAUUUUAAUGCCUGGGUACCAGGGUGUGGCGCCCAAACACGAUACGUAUGGUAUACCGAUUUAUACGGUGGUGGUGAAUCUGUUGAAUUGGCCGAGUGGGAUAUUGCGCGUGGGUAAGGCGGAGAAGGAAAAGGAUGCGGAGUUUAUGAAAGAGGGAGUGAAGUUUGAACCACCUUAUGACGCGAAUGACUGUGAGGGUCUGCCGACGCACGUGCAGGUUGUGGGGAAGAGUAUGAUGGACGAGGAGUUGGUGGAGGUUAUGAAGAUUGUUGAGGGCGUGUUGAGAGACUAG